AGUUCAGCUGGACCGACAAACCUCUUGUUCGGUCUGUCUGGACCUGCUGAAGGAUCUGGACCUGCUGAAGGAUCUGGAUCUGCUGAAGGAUCCGGUGAGUCUUCCUUGUGGACACAGAUACUGCAUGGUCUGUCUUUUCGUCGUUUCUGGGACGCAGAGGACCAGAGGAGACUCUGCAGCUGUCCUCAGAGUCUGCAGACUGGGACACUGUCCUGCAGAAAAACACCAUGUCUGCAGCUCCGGUGAAGAAGACUGAAGCUGCUCCUGCUGAUGAAGAUUUGAGAGAGAAACUCACAGACGUCUCACUGACAGGGACGGAAGAGACCCAACCGGAGCCCAAAACCAGAGCCCAGUUCCUAAAACUGUCACGUGAGAUGAGCCUGGAUCCAAACACAGCAUUCACACAGCUGCUAUUGUCAGAGGACAGAAACGCGACGGUAACCGAAGAGGGGCAGUCUUAUCCGGAUCACCCGGACAGAUUCACCGAGUGUCUCCAGGUCCUGAGCAGAGACAGUCUCACUGGACGCUGUUACUGGGAGGUGGGGUGGACAGGGUCAGGACUUUGUUUAGCAGUCGCGUACGAGUCCAUCAGCAGAUCCGGGGACUUGGACGCAUGUAGAUUUGGAUUCAAUGACAAGUCCUGGGCGUUGUUUUGUGACCAAAACAGUUAUUAUUUUAUCCACAACAAAGUCCGAACUCAGGUCUCAGGUCCUGUGUCCUCCAGAGUCGGGGUGUACCUGGAUCACGGUGCAGGGAUUCUGUCCUUCUACAGCGUCUCUGAGACCAGGACUCUCCUCCACAGAGUCCAGACCAUCUUCACUCAGCCGCUGCACGCCGGACUCUGGCCCUAUUUUUAUGGAGACUCUGCUGAACUUAGUCCGCUCAGAUAGUCUGAAUCUUUUCAAACCUUUCCUU